AUGAGUCGCACGAUCGCCUGCUCUCGCACAGCGACGCGGGCGACCGGCGUGCGACGGAACGUGUCGCCGGACGAUCCUGCGACAUGGUCGGCGACGAGAUUGUUGAGGUGUCUGGCCGUCGCCUGCCUGGUGGCAUUCGUCGCAGGAGGACUCCCGAGGUCGCAGGCCGGAGCUACGCGCGCGAAAGCCGCGGCGCCCCUGCGCAAGCAGUACAUAGUGCAUCUGGCGGCGGUGCCGCCGGUGCUCAACUACCGCGGCGGCGUGGCGGGGCUGGCGGCGACCGCGCCGGAGCUAGACGACAACGACCCCGAGAGCAGCCCCACCGACGCGGACGACGACGAUAGCGCACCGGUUGAUACUUCAGGUGGCAGUUCAGGUGGCGGUUCGGGUGGCGGUUCGGGUGGCGGCUUGGGUGGCGGUUCAACUGGCGGUUCAGGUGACUCAGGUGGAAAUUCAGGUGAAAUUCCUGGUGAAGGUGCAGGAACCGGAGCAGGAGGAGGAGGGGGAACGGAUCCAUCGGAGGUUCCAUUUCCAAGUGAUGCUACAGCUGGCGGCGCUACAGCCGGUGACGCUACAGCCGGUGGCGCUACAACCGACGACUCUACAACCGGCGACAGCAGUACAACAAAUGUCACGCUUGCCGCAGCAGAGAUGCUCCAAGGGAUCAGCGCGGCUCGACUGGCCACCGUUAGAAGCACAUCCGCUGUACCCCCUCGCUUCGGCACAAUCACGAAAUCGACUUUUGAGGCUCCUCGGAAAGCGAUACGGCGGCUUGCGGAUCGAAUCAAGCGACGCGCGGACGUGCGACGGGCGAACGUGAAAUCUUUCGUCAACUUUCUGCGGGAUGCGCAACGGCAGUUUUUGCGAAAGAAUAACAUAUCGCCGGCGCAGCUGUUCCAGAGCUACACGUACACGGUCAACGGGUUCGCUGUAUCACUGACGGACGCGGAAGCGAAACGGCUGAAGCAGCACCCUGCCGUGGCAUGGAUCGAAGAAGACAAACCGGUUCGCGCGCUCACUGUGGACUCGCCGACUUUCUUGAAGUUGCCGACGAGCCUUUGGGCUGAAAAUGGGGGGCAGAGCCGCGCGGGCGAGGAUGUGAUUAUAGGCGUGGUGGAUUCGGGAAUAUGGCCGGAACACCCUUCUUUUGCAAACAAGCCAUCAGACCCCUAUGGUCCGGUUCCGGACCGCUGGUUCGGCGGGUGUGCAGCAACGGCGGACUUCCCAGCCUCGCUGUGCAACGGCAAGCUCAUCGGUGCAAAAUAUUUCAACAGCGGGUUCCGCAAAUCCGGGCAGAGUGUGGAUCCGAUCAACGACUUUCCGUCUGCCCGAGAUGGCGAUGGGCACGGCACGUGGUGUGCAGGAGCGGCAGGGGGCAACGCGAACGUGAGUGUGGAGAUGAGCGGCCGUAACUACGGCACAGCGAGCGGCGUGGCACCGCGGGCCCGCGUUGCCAUGUACAAGGCGCUGUGGGUGGUCAAGGGCGGCGGCGCGUCAGGCACCAACGCGGACAUCCGAGCCGCCGUUGAUGCCGCUGUGGCAGAUGGCGUGGACGUGCUCUCGCUGUCUCUGGGGGGGUCUGUCCCCCAGUACUUCUCUGACAUUCCCUACAUGAAUGCUGCCAAGGCGGGGGUGUUUGUGACGCUGGCAGCAGGCAACUCGGGGCCGCCCUCUCCCAUGCGCGUGCUGGGCACACUCAGCAACGCGGCUCCGUGGUACCUGACCGUCGGUGCAACCACGAUUGGCCGGCAGUACUAUGCAACGCUGAGCCUUGGGAACGGAGUGGAGCUGAGGGGAGUGAGCUUCGGAGGCAACGCACAGACGGUCAAUAAAGUGCUACUGCCCGCUUCCGCUGCUGUCAAGCCUGGCGCCUCUGCCUCCGAUGCUGCUCUAUGUGACAUCACUGCUAUCGACAAAUCCAAGUUGGCGGGGCGAAUCAUUGUGUGCACAUUCCAACCAUCGGCCUCCAAGUCUGCAGGCAUUCCCAUCAGCACCCUAGCUGCUUACAAGGCAGCAGCUCUUGUCGUCCUUAGUGGCUCACCCAAUACAGACAGCAUGCCCAUGCUUCCUUUCACUGACCUGCCACUCCUCUACCUGACCAACGCUCAGGGCGGGCAGGUGAAAAACUACCUGCAGCAGACGGCCAAUCCCGUGGCGACACUUGGCGAAUACGCCACCACGAAUUCAUCCAACGCUCCCCAAAUGGCCGUUUUCUCUUCCACUGGUCCAACCAUAAACCCAUCCCUCUUCCCGAUCCCGUCUUUCCUCCCAACCAACGACAUCUUAAAGCCGGACAUCGUUGGUCCGGGAUUCCAGCUCUGGUCGUCUUACCGAGGCAAGAGCGCAGCUUCGGCAACCACCGACCCUCCCAUGUUCAACUGCAUUUCUGGAUCAGGUGGAGUAAGAGCAGCAGCAGCAGUAGCAGCAGGAGGAGGGGGAGGAGGAGACGCAGCAGCAGCAGCAGGGGGCGGCAUUCGACGAGGGUACCUGGUGUAUCUGCGAAAUGCUCCUCCCGUUCUCAACUACCACGGCGGAAUCCCGGGGAUUCCCGCGACCGCUCCGCCAGACGAUGAUAGCAGCGUAGACGAAAUCGACGACACAUUCCAUUCACCUAUUCCCCCACCCACCCACUGCCCCCCUCACCCACCCCACCCCCCAUUCCCCCACUCUCCCACUCACUCACUCAUCCCCUCUACCAACUUCCCCCUUUCCAACCCGUGUUUCCUCCUCCCUCCUCAACCUAUGACCCUCCCGCUUCCUCUCCCGCACCUGCCAUCCCCCCCACAGCCAUCAGACCCGUACGACCCACCCCCAAGCAACUGGCUGGGAGGGUGCACAGCGACAGAGGAUUUACCCGAAGCAGCAUGUAGCGGCAAGCUAGUGUGGGCGCGCCAUGUUGUCCCAUGGCUGCAGGUCAAUCAAGGCAGCAUUGGCAGCACGGAUUCCUUUGAGCUGUCUCCCCCCCCCCCUCUUCUUUUUUACAACCUUUCCCUCUCAACCCCUGUUUCCCCCCUCUCCCUCCCUCGGUCCUCCCAUCUCCCCCGGCCAUCAGACCCGUACGGCCCACCCCCUUCUGGUUGGCGGGGAGGGUGCACAGUAACAGAGGACUUCCCCGAAGCAGUGUGCAACGGAAAGCUGCCAUCGGACCCGUACGGUCCGGCCCCUUCUGGUUGGCGGGGCGGGUGUACAGUAACGGACGAUUUUCCCGAGGCAGCGUGUAAUGGGAAGCUGGUGGGGUCGCGCUACUUUGUGGCGGGGCUGCUGGCCAAUCAGGGCAGCGUUUCCGAGUCCCUGGAUUUCAUGUCUCCCCGGGAUGGGAAUGGGCAUGGCUCGUGGUGUGCAGGAGCGGCAGCAGGCAACGCGAAUGUGAGUGUGGAGAUGCAUGGCCGCAGCUACGGAGCAGCGAGCGGAGUGGCACCGCGCGCGCGCAUUGCCAUGUACAAGGCGCUCUGGCGCAUGCAGGAUGGCGGGGCGGCCGGCAUGGACUCGGAUAUCUGGGCGGCGGUGGAUACUGCCGUGGCGGACGGCGUGGAUGUGCUGUCACUGUCGCUGGGAGGGAGCAUUCCGAAUUACUUCUCCGAUAUUGCCUACCUGAACGCAGUCAAGGCCGGGGUGUUUGUGGCGAUGGCAGCAGGAAAUUCCGGUGCACCUUCUUCCACCAAGGCGGUGGGCACCAUAAGCAACGCGUCGCCGUGGUAUCUCACCGUUGGCGCCAGCACCAUGGGUCGAGACUUCAUGGCAAACCUCACUCUCACCGCUCUUCCCGCCACCACCACCACCACCACCACCGCUACAACCGCUGCCGCCUCUUCUGCCGCGCCUGCCCCUGCCUCUGCUCCUGCCCCUGCUGCUGCCCCUGCUCCUGCUUCUGCUCCUGCCCCCGCCUCUGCUUCUGCUCCUGCCGCUGGUGCUGCCCCUGCCUCCACCUCUACUGCUUCUGCUGCUGCUACCUCUGCUGCUGACUCUGCCAGCUCAUUGGCCGAGAUUUCUUGGGCAGAGAGUUUUCUGACUGAGAAUUCUUCAAGCGAAAACCCUUCAGCUGCAGCACCGGCAGCAUCGGAGGAGGCUUGGAGGGAAGUACUUGUUUUAUCAGGUGGCAUCUCUCACCCUCAACACGCUCCUUCUAUGCCCACUCUCCUCUCGCCCGCUCUCCUCUCGCCCGCUCUCCUCUCGCCCGCUCUCCUCUCGCCCGCUCUCCUCUCGCCCGCUCUCCUCUCGCCCGCUCUCCUCUCGCCCGCUCUCCUCUCGCCCGCUCUCCUCUCGCCCGCUCUCCUCUCGCCCGCUCUCCUCUCGCCCGCUCUCCUCUCGCCCGCUCUCCUCUCGCCCGCUCUCCUCUCGCCCGCUCUCCUCUCGCCCGCUCUCCUCUCGCCCGCUCUCCUCUCGCCCGCUCUCCUCUCGCCCGCUCUCCUCUCGCCCGCUCUCCUCUCGCCCGCUCUCCUCUCGCCCGCUCUCCUCUCGCCCGCUCUCCUCUCGCCCGCUCUCCUCUCGCCCGCUCUCCUCUCGCCCGCUCUCCUCUCGCCCGCUCUCCUCUCGCCCGCUCUCCUCUCGCCCGCUCUCCUCUCGCCCGCUCUCCUCUCGCCCGCUCUCCUCUCGCCCGCUCUCCUCUCGCCCGCUCUCCUCUCGCCCGCUCUCCUCUCGCCCGCUCUCCUCUCGCCCGCUCUCCUCUCGCCCGCUCUCCUCUCGCCCGCUCUCCUCUCGCCCGCUCUCCUCUCGCCCGCUCUCCUCUCGCCCGCUCUCCUCUCGCCCGCUCUCCUCUCGCCCGCUCUCCUCUCGCCCGCUCUCCUCUCGCCCGCUCUCCUCUCGCCCGCUCUCCUCUCGCCCGCUCUCCUCUCGCCCGCUCUCCUCUCGCCCGCUCUCCUCUCGCCCGCUCUCCUCUCGCCCGCUCUCCUCUCGCCCGCUCUCCUCUCGCCCGCUCUCCUCUCGCCCGCUCUCCUCUCGCCCGCUCUCCUCUCGCCCGCUCUCCUCUCGCCCGCUCUCCUCUCGCCCGCUCUCCUCUCGCCCGCUCUCCUCUCGCCCGCUCUCCUCUCGCCCGCUCUCCUCUCGCCCGCUCUCCUCUCGCCCGCUCUCCUCUCGCCCGCUCUCCUCUCGCCCGCUCUCCUCUCGCCCGCUCUCCUCUCGCCCGCUCUCCUCUCGCCCGCUCUCCUCUCGCCCGCUCUCCUCUCGCCCGCUCUCCUCUCGCCCGCUCUCCUCUCGCCCGCUCUCCUCUCGCCCGCUCUCCUCUCGCCCGCUCUCCUCUCGCCCGCUCUCCUCUCGCCCGCUCUCCUCUCGCCCGCUCUCCUCUCGCCCGCUCUCCUCUCGCCCGCUCUCCUCUCGCCCGCUCUCCUCUCGCCCGCUCUCCUCUCGCCCGCUCUCCUCUCGCCCGCUCUCCUCUCGCCCGCUCUCCUCUCGCCCGCUCUCCUCUCGCCCGCUCUCCUCUCGCCCGCUCUCCUCUCGCCCGCUCUCCUCUCGCCCGCUCUCCUCUCGCCCGCUCUCCUCUCGCCCGCUCUCCUCUCGCCCGCUCUCCUCUCGCCCGCUCUCCUCUCGCCCGCUCUCCUCUCGCCCGCUCUCCUCUCGCCCGCUCUCCUCUCGCCCGCUCUCCUCUCGCCCGCUCUCCUCUCGCCCGCUCUCCUCUCGCCCGCUCUCCUCUCGCCCGCUCUCCUCUCGCCCGCUCUCCUCUCGCCCGCUCUCCUCUCGCCCGCUCUCCUCUCGCCCGCUCUCCUCUCGCCCGCUCUCCUCUCGCCCGCUCUCCUCUCGCCCGCUCUCCUCUCGCCCGCUCUCCUCUCGCCCGCUCUCCUCUCGCCCGCUCUCCUCUCGCCCGCUCUCCUCUCGCCCGCUCUCCUCUCGCCCGCUCUCCUCUCGCCCGCUCUCCUCUCGCCCGCUCUCCUCUCGCCCGCUCUCCUCUCGCCCGCUCUCCUCUCGCCCGCUCUCCUCUCGCCCGCUCUCCUCUCGCCCGCUCUCCUCUCGCCCGCUCUCCUCUCGCCCGCUCUCCUCUCGCCCGCUCUCCUCUCGCCCGCUCUCCUCUCGCCCGCUCUCCUCUCGCCCGCUCUCCUCUCGCCCGCUCUCCUCUCGCCCGCUCUCCUCUCGCCCGCUCUCCUCUCGCCCGCUCUCCUCUCGCCCGCUCUCCUCUCGCCCGCUCUCCUCUCGCCCGCUCUCCUCUCGCCCGCUCUCCUCUCGCCCGCUCUCCUCUCGCCCGCUCUCCUCUCGCCCGCUCUCCUCUCGCCCGCUCUCCUCUCGCCCGCUCUCCUCUCGCCCGCUCUCCUCUCGCCCGCUCUCCUCUCGCCCGCUCUCCUCUCGCCCGCUCUCCUCUCGCCCGCUCUCCUCUCGCCCGCUCUCCUCUCGCCCGCUCUCCUCUCGCCCGCUCUCCUCUCGCCCGCUCUCCUCUCGCCCGCUCUCCUCUCGCCCGCUCUCCUCUCGCCCGCUCUCCUCUCGCCCGCUCUCCUCUCGCCCGCUCUCCUCUCGCCCGCUCUCCUCUCGCCCGCUCUCCUCUCGCCCGCUCUCCUCUCGCCCGCUCUCCUCUCGCCCGCUCUCCUCUCGCCCGCUCUCCUCUCGCCCGCUCUCCUCUCGCCCGCUCUCCUCUCGCCCGCUCUCCUCUCGCCCGCUCUCCUCUCGCCCGCUCUCCUCUCGCCCGCUCUCCUCUCGCCCGCUCUCCUCUCGCCCGCUCUCCUCUCGCCCGCUCUCCUCUCGCCCGCUCUCCUCUCGCCCGCUCUCCUCUCGCCCGCUCUCCUCUCGCCCGCUCUCCUCUCGCCCGCUCUCCUCUCGCCCGCUCUCCUCUCGCCCGCUCUCCUCUCGCCCGCUCUCCUCUCGCCCGCUCUCCUCUCGCCCGCUCUCCUCUCGCCCGCUCUCCUCUCGCCCGCUCUCCUCUCGCCCGCUCUCCUCUCGCCCGCUCUCCUCUCGCCCGCUCUCCUCUCGCCCGCUCUCCUCUCGCCCGCUCUCCUCUCGCCCGCUCUCCUCUCGCCCGCUCUCCUCUCGCCCGCUCUCCUCUCGCCCGCUCUCCUCUCGCCCGCUCUCCUCUCGCCCGCUCUCCUCUCGCCCGCUCUCCUCUCGCCCGCUCUCCUCUCGCCCGCUCUCCUCUCGCCCGCUCUCCUCUCGCCCGCUCUCCUCUCGCCCGCUCUCCUCUCGCCCGCUCUCCUCUCGCCCGCUCUCCUCUCGCCCGCUCUCCUCUCGCCCGCUCUCCUCUCGCCCGCUCUCCUCUCGCCCGCUCUCCUCUCGCCCGCUCUCCUCUCGCCCGCUCUCCUCUCGCCCGCUCUCCUCUCGCCCGCUCUCCUCUCGCCCGCUCUCCUCUCGCCCGCUCUCCUCUCGCCCGCUCUCCUCUCGCCCGCUCUCCUCUCGCCCGCUCUCCUCUCGCCCGCUCUCCUCUCGCCCGCUCUCCUCUCGCCCGCUCUCCUCUCGCCCCUCUCGCCCGCUCUCCUCUCUCGCCCGCUCUCCUCUCGCCCGCUCUCCUCUCGCCCGCUCUCCUCUCGCCCGCUCUCCUCUCGCCCGCUCUCCUCUCGCCCGCUCUCCUCUCGCCCGCUCUCCUCUCGCCCGCUCUCCUCUCGCCCGCUCUCCUCUCGCCCCGCUCUCUCUCUCGCCCGCUCUCCUCUCGCCCGCUCUCCUCUCGCCCGCUCUCCUCUCGCCCGCUCUCCUCUCGCCCGCUCUCCUCUCGCCCGCUCUCCUCUCGCCCGCUCUCCUCUCGCCCGCUCUCCUCUCGCCCGCUCUCCUCUCGCCCGCUCUCCUCUCGCCCGCUCUCCUCUCGCCGCUCUCCUCCGCCCGCUCUCCUCUCGCCCGCUCUCCUCUCGCCCGCUCUCCUCAUCGCCCGCUCUCCUCUCGCCCGCUCUCCUCUCGCCCGCUCUCCUCUCGCCCGCUCUCCUCUCGCCCGCUCUCCUCUCGCCCAGCUCUCCUCUCGCCCGCUCUCCUCUCGCCCGCUCUCCUCUCGCCCGCUCUCCUCUCGCCCGCCUCUCCUCUCGGCCCGCUCUCCUCUCGCCCGCCUCUCCUCUCGCCCGCUCUCCCUCUCGCCCGCUCUCCUCUCGCCCGCUCUCCUCUCGGCCCGCUCUCUCUCGCCCGCUCUCCUCUCGCCCCGCUCUCCUCUCGCCCGCUCUCCUCUCGCCCGCUCUCCCUCUCGCCCGCUCUCCUCUCGCCCGCUCUCUCUCGCCCGCUCUCCUCUCGCCCGCUCUCCUCUCGCCCCGCUCUCCUCUCGCCCGCUCUCCCUCUCGCCCGCUCUCCUCUCGCCCGCUCUCCUCUCGCCCGCUCUCCUCUCGCCCGCUUCCUCUCGCCCGCUCUUCCUCUCGCCCCGCUCUCCUCUCGCCCGCUCUCCUCUCGCCCGCUCUCCUCCUCGCCCGCUCUCCUCUCGCCCGCUCUCCUCUCGCCCGCUCUCCUCUCGCCCGCUCUCCUCUCGCCCGCUCUCCUCUCGCCCGCUCUCCUCUCGCCCCGCUCUCCUCUCGCCCGCUCUCCUCUCGCCCGCUCUCCUCUCGCCCGCUCUCCCUCUCGCCCCGCUCUCCUCUCGCCCGCUCUCCUCUCGCCCGCUCUCCUCUCGCCCGCUCUCCUCUCGCCCGCUCUCCUCUCGCCCGCUCUCCUCUCGCCCGCUCACCGACCCAGUGCCAUGCUCCCAGCAUCAACGCCUCCCGCACUCUCAACACCCUCCUCCUCUGCUCUCACUCCACUCGCCCUCUCACUGACGUGCUCCUGGACGCGUCCACCCUUCGACCAGCUGCCCUCGUGCUGCUCGGGGCUACCGACUCAACCCCCCGCCUGCCCUACACGCGCAUGCCUGUGAUUUACCUCAAGGCUUCUGACGCCACUGCUCUCAGGACCUUCCUCGCCAGUACCACCAGGUAUGUUGUCCCCUCUCUUCCCCUCCUCCUGCCCUACCUACACGCGCCUGCCCUACACGCGCCUGCCCUACACGCGCCUGCCCUACACGCGCAUGCCUGUGAUUUACCUCAAGGCUUCUGA